AUGUCUAUGGCAUACGAAGAGCUCUUUGCCUCCAACAAGGAAGUGUUACGCUCGCUGUUGCCUGAAAAAUUGCGCUCUCCACGCGUUGGCAUCGUGUGUGGUUCUGGUUUGAGCACACUGGCCGCGACUCUGCGUGAGACUGUUGAAGUCCCGUACUCGUCUCUGCGUGGCUUUGGGAAGAGCACAGUUCCCGGUCACAAGAGCAUCCUGGCCUUUGGUCUCAUGGGCGAUGAAGGCGUGCCAGUCGUCGCAAUGCUGGGUCGGUUUCAUCCGUAUGAAGGCCACCCGCUUGCCACAGUCGUAUACCCGAUCCGCCUCAUUAAGCAGAUCGGCGUGAAAAGCGUUAUCAUCACCAACGCUGCUGGAUCUCUGAACCCCUCGAUUAAGGUUGGAACCAUUGUCGUUAUUCAGGAUCACAUCGCGCUGCCCAACUUGACCGGAUUGAACCCUUUGCUCGGACCACCCGUAUCCCCUGCUCAUGCGCGCUUCCUACCGCUAUCCGGCGCGUACUCUCGCUCCCUGCGCGCGUCUGUCUUCCGCGCAGCGCAUGCCUUGAACUUGAAGCAUGAUAUCCUCGCGGAAGGCACGUAUGCGUGGGUGAGCGGGCCGACGUACGAGACGCCGGCUGAGGGACGCUUCCUGCGCGCAGCGGGCGGCGAUGUUGUGGGCAUGAGCACCGUGCCAGAGGUUGUGACCGCACACGAUGAAGGCAUGCAGGUCAUGGUGCUCAGCCUGGUGACGAACAUGGUGGUCAUUCCCGAGCAGUACCGUAGUAUCCGCGAAGAGGUUGAAGCAGAGCUUAUGGGGAAGACCAUUGAGCGCCCGAAGACGCCGACGGUCUCACACGAGGAGGUGCUUGCGGAGGGAAAGCGCAUGGGCGAGGUGAUGCAGCAGCUGGUAGAGAAGGUCAUCUCUGGGCUGUAA